AUGCUCCGUGUUGCAUUAUUAUUCCUCGCGCUCGUCGGACUCGCAUCGGAUGCUCUUCCUUCAGUCGACGCCACCUGCAGCGGACCGAAUGCUCGCACCGUGCCUCCACCAGGGGCCAUCGUCGUCGAUAUCACCGGCACCUACAAUGGCAGCUACCAGACCAUGGCCGAGGGCAUGGCGUACCUACCUAACACGACAGAGGAGCACAUCAUCUUCGUCUUCCCCGGCGUCUACCAGGAGCAGGUGCUGAUUCCGAAGUUAGCUGGUCCAUUGGUGCUUCAGGGCUACACGUGCGAUACGACAUCGUACGCUGACAACAAGGUGACAGUCACGCAUACAAUGGCACAGAGAGACCUUCCGCUCGAGAUCAAGAAUGGACGCAAUGAUUUGAUCAGUACGAUGCGUCUCAAGUCUCGCAGUGGAGUGAAGAUGUACAACAUGAACGUAGCUAACCCAGCCGGCCUAAUCGAAAAACUUGGUCAGGCCGUGGCUGUGUACGUUGAUGCAACCAACUACGGGUUCUACGGUUGCAACUUUACUGGUUACAAGGAUACUUUGUGUGCUCACAGAGGUCGUCAGCUCUACGCACGAUCAUUUAUCAGUGGUGCCAUCGACUUCAUUUUUGGCAUGCAGGCGAUGGCGUGGUUUGACUCUUGCGAUAUUGAGAGUAUCGGGGAAGGUUACAUCACCGCCAAUGGUAACAGCAACAGCACUAUCGAGUCUCAGUAUGUCUUCAACCGUGCGCGUGUGCUUGGCUCUAGUGGAAAUGGCUCAACCUACCUUGGUCGUCCGUGGCGUCCUUAUGCUCGCGUCGUCUGGCAGAACAGCGAGCUGAGCGACGUUGUUAACCCGAAAGGAUGGUCGACGUGGCAUAACGACAGCAACACGGCAAACGUCUACUUCAUGGAGUUCAACAACAGUGGACCUGGUGCGAUAAUCGACCAGAGAGUGCCCUUCAGUGGCCAAUUAGAAGCUCCUGUGGUCGUUACAGAUAUCCUCGGUGAGAACUACAAGUCCGAGUGGUGGGUUGAUACCAACUUCUUUUAA